GUGUGUUUUGAGAGAGAAAGGGGGGUAAGAAGAGAAGAGAAGAGAUCGUGGGAGAAAUGGGGAGGGGAAGGGUGACGUUGAAGAGGAUAGAGAACAAGAUCAAUCGGCAGGUGACUUUUUCGAAACGGAGGUCUGGAUUGUUGAAGAAAGCUCAUGAGAUCUCGGUGCUCUGUGAUGCAGAUGUUGGACUCAUCGUCUUUUCCACAAAAGGAAAGCUGUGCGAGUACGCUACUGAUUCUGCAAUGGAAAGGAUCCUUGAGAGGUACGAAAGAUACUCCUACACAGAAAUGCAGCUUACAUCAACUCAUAACGAAUCACAAGGAAGCUGGAAUCUGGAACAUGCCAAGCUCAAAGCUAGAAUUGAGAGUUUGCAGAAAACUCAAAGGCAUUUCAUGGGAGAAGAACUUGACUCCUUGAGUAUGAAAGAGCUUCAGAAUCUGGAGCAGCAACUUGAUAUGGCUCUUAAACACAUUAGGUUGAGAAAGAAUCAAGUGAUGCUGGAAUCAAUUUCCCAGCUCCAAAAGAAGGACAAGGAAUUGCUGGAUCAAAACAACUUCCUGUCUAAACAGAUCAAGGAAAUGGAGAAAGAAGUAGGGCAGCAUGAUGUAGAGCAUCAAAGCCAUGAGAUGAUAGCCUCAUUUCAGUUGGGCAUCUGUGAUACAUAUAAUGGGGGCCAAGCAGGAGGAGCGGAUGGGGAAGUAGAAGAAAACCCGAGGCAAGUUCAAGGUCAAGCGUCGACGUCAGGGAUGCCCCCUUGGAUGAUUCAACACAUGAACAAGUAAAAGUGGCAUGCAUAUAUAUCUUGAUUUUGUUGUUCAAUUGUUUGGAAUGUCGUUGUUUUAUGUAUAAACGAAAAACAUCUAUUGUUGAUCGGGCAACCAACUAUCGAUAACUUAUGAUGGUUUGCGGGAUCGGAAAAUAGAUGUUAGAGUAGAGAUGUGUACCAAAGCUUGUGCUUUUUGUUGUGUUCGUGUAUAUAAGGUUUUUGAAAAUGGAUUUAUAGA